AUGGCUUUAGAACAUAGUAAAAAAAGUAGUAGUACCAUACAUAUUCCAGUGUCAGAAAAAGAUAAGUUGUGGUCACCACCAGAGAGAAAAGGUGCUAUAAAAAGGAAUAAUAGACCUGCUGCUAAUAGAUCGGCUUCAGAUAUUGAUGCUGUACUGGGACCUGCUGCUAAUAGAUCGGCUUCAGAUAUUGAUGCUGUACCCCAGUAUACAGCAGGUCCCAGUACAGCUUCAGUACCAUACCAUAUACCAAAUGUAGAACUAAACAUUUCUGACAAUAAAACAUAUGGGGAAGCUGUUUCUAAUAUCUUAUCAAAGGCACAAAGUACAGAUAUGUUGCAGUUUGACAAGGCUGUGCAAGUUAAUUGUAAAGUUCCUUAUAGAAUAAAGGUGUCAAUGUGA